CGUCUAACUCUCAAGGCGUGCGCUACUCAUCCCCUGCUAACUUAUACGUGAGAGAGCUGCGAGAAGUUCGGCGCGUUCCUCCUCGCUUCACCAUCCCUCCCAUGAGCCACGAGAUCAUGCCGGGUGGCAGCGUGAACAUCACCUGCGUCGCCGUCGGCUCUCCCAUGCCUUACGUAAAAUGGAUGCUGAACUCGGAGGACCUGACGCCGGAGGACGAGAUGCCCGUGGGCCGGAACGUUCUGGAGCUGAACGGCGUGCGCGAGUCGGCCAACUACACCUGCGUGGCCAUGAGCAGCCUGGGCAUCAUCGAGGCUGUGGCGCAGGUCAUCGUGAAGUCUUUACCCAGAGCUCCCGGUACCCCCAUCGUCACGGAGACGACCCCCACCAGCGUCACCAUCACCUGGGACUCUGGGAACCCCGACCCCGUUUCCUAUUACAUCAUUCAGUACCGUGCCAAAUCUCCAGACAGCAAGUACGAGACGGUGGACUCCAUCACCACCACCCGCUACAGCAUCGGAGGCCUGUACCCCAACACCGAGUACGAGAUCCGCGUGUCCGCCGUCAACACCAUCGGGCAGGGCCCGCCCAGCAACAGGGUGGAGGCUCGGACCGGAGAGCAAGCCCCCGCCAGCCCGCCGAGGAACAUCCAGGCCCAAAUCAUAUCACAGAACGCCGUGAUGGUGCGCUGGGACGAGCCCGAGGAGCCCAACGGACUGAUCAAGGGCUAUCGCGUUUACUACACCAUGGAUCCCUCGCAGCCCAUGAGCAACUGGCAGAUCCACAACGUUCAGGACAGCAUGAUAACCACCAUCCACAGCCUCGUGACCUCCGAGACCUACACCAUCCGCGUGCUGGCGUUCACGUCCGUGGGAGACGGACCCUUCUCCGACCCCGUUCACGUCAAAGUGAGACCCGGAGUUCCUGGGCAGCCAGGGAAGUUCCAGGUGGGUAAAGUGACCGAUACCAGCGUCGAGUUGACCUGGGAACCUGCUUACUCCAAAGAGCCUGUGAAAGCCUACGAACUCAUCUACAAAGCUCCGGAGCUUGGCAUUCAGGAAAAGAGGAAUUUUGAGCCCAGAACGUCGUAUGUGUUGGAGGGUCUGCGGGCCAACACAGAAUACACCUUCUCUCUGGCUGCUGUUUCCAAUAAAGGCAUCGGCGCCUUCACCAACGAGAUCAACCAACGCACCGCACAAGCAAACGUGCCGAGGAAUUUCUCGGUGAAUCUGGCGACUAAGACGAGCGUGUUGCUGACGUGGGAGUUCCCGGAGAGCAGCGCCCCCUAUCGCUUCACCGUGGAGUACAACCGGCAGAAGAUGGAGGUGGACGCUCGUCUGAGGAAGGCUGUCAUCCCUAACCUGCAGCCGGACACCAGCUACGACUUCAAGAUCACCAGCCCCGAGGGGAACAUGGGCGGACUCAGACACCGCAUCCACGCCAAGACGUCUCCUCCCAUCCUCAUCCGCCGGCCCGAGGUGGACCAUACCCGAGAGACCGAAGCCACGGUCACCAUCAUCCUGCCGUCGCUGGACACCAGGAGCAACGUCAGGAACAUCUACGUGGUGGUGGUUCCUCUGAAGAGAGCUCGAGGAGUGAUACGACAUCUGAAGAGUCCAGACGAGAUGGACCUGGAGGAGCUGCUGAAGGACAUCAGUCAGAAGCAGAGAGAUCCGAGACAGCGUCAGGUGGACCUGAGGAGAGCCUACAUCACCGCCCGCUUCACACCCGUCACGCUGCCCGCCUUCUUCACCCUCGGAGACCAGCUGGACUACGGAGGCUUCGAGAACCGCGCCCUAGAACCGGGUCAGGAGUAUGUGUUCUUCAUCCUGGCAGAACUCAACUCCACCACCGGGAAGAUGUUUGUGGCCAGUCCUUACACUGACCCCGUGAUCGCUCCGGACUCGGACCCUCAGCCUCUGGACGCCGGGGACGGUCUGAUCUGGGUGGUGGGUCCCGUGCUGGCUGUGGUCUUCAUCAUCUGCAUCGUCAUCGCCAUCCUGCUCUACAAGAAUAAACCUGACAGCAAACGCAAGGACUCUGAGCCGGGAACUAAAUGUUUGCUGAAUAAUGCUGAGAUGAUGGCACACAAUCCCACCGACCCUGUGGAGAUGAGACGCAUCAACUUCCAGACGCCAGGUAUGAUGAGUCACCCGCCCAUCUCCAUCUCUGAGCUGCUCGAGCACACGGAGCGCCUGAAGGCCAACGACAACCUGCAUCUGUCUCAGGAGUACGAGUCCAUUGAUCCCGGGCAGCAGUUCACAUGGGAACACUCAAACCUGGAGGUGAACAAACCGAAGAACCGCUACGCUAACGUGAUUGCGUACGAUCACACACGUGUCAUCCUCGCUCCGACAGACGGCAUUAUGGGUAGUGACUACAUCAACGCCAACUACAUCGACGGUUACAGGAAGCAGAAUGCGUACAUCGCCACCCAGGGGCCACUGCCGGAGACUAUUGGGGACUUUUGGCGGAUGGUUUGGGAGCAGAGAGCGGCUUCAGUGGUCAUGAUGACCAAACUAGAGGAGAAAUCACGGAUCAAGUGUGAUCAGUACUGGCCCAGCCGUGGCACGGACACCUACGGGACGGUCCAGGUCACUCUGCUGGACACCAUGGAGCUGGCCACCUUCUGUGUGAGAACCUUCUCUCUGCACAAGAGCGGCUGUAACGAGAGGAGAGAGGUCAGACAGUUCCAGUUCACGGCUUGGCCCGACCACGGUGUUCCUGAAUAUCCCACUCCCUUCCUGGCCUUCCUCCGCAGGGUGAAAGCGUGUAACCCGCCGGAUGCUGGCCCCGUCGUCGUCCACUGCAGCGCUGGCGUGGGCCGCACCGGCUGCUUCAUCGUGAUCGACGCCAUGCUGGAGCGCAUCCGUCACGAGCGCUCGGUGGACGUGUACGGUCACGUGACCCUGAUGCGCUCUCAGAGGAACUACAUGGUGCAGACGGAGGAUCAGUACGGCUUCAUCCACGAGGCGCUGCUGGAGGCCGUGGCCUGCGGGAACACGGAGGUGGCGGCGCGCAGCCUUUACUCCUACAUACAGAGUCUGUCGCAGGUGGAGGCCGGAGAACACGUGACCGGCAUCGAGCUGGAGUUCAAGCGUCUGGCCAACAGUAAAGCGCACACCUCCAGGUUCGUCAGCGCUAAUCUGCCCUGCAACAAGUUCAAGAACCGGCUGGUGAACAUCAUGCCGUACGAAACCACGCGUGUGUGUCUGCAGCCAAUCAGAGGCCUGGAAGGGUCCGACUACAUCAAUGCCAGCUUCAUCGACGGAUACAGGCAGCAGAGGGCGUAUAUAGCGACGCAGGGGCCGCUAGCUGAGACCACGGAGGACUUCUGGCGCAUGCUCUGGGAACACAACUCCACCAUCGUGGUGAUGCUGACCAAACUGCGUGAGAUGGGACGGGAGAAGUGUCAUCAGUACUGGCCGGCCGAGCGCUCCGCACGCUAUCAGUACUUUGUAGUGGAUCCCAUGGCAGAAUAUAACAUGCCGCAGUACAUCCUGAGAGAGUUCAAAGUCACCGACGCCAGGGAUGGACAGUCCAGAACCGUCAGACAGUUCCAGUUCACCGAUUGGCCAGAACAAGGAGUUCCAAAGUCAGGCGAGGGUUUCAUUGAUUUCAUUGGACAGGUGCAUAAAACCAAGGAGCAGUUUGGUCAGGACGGACCCAUCGCAGUCCACUGCAGCGCGGGCGUCGGGCGUACGGGUGUCUUCAUCACCCUCAGUAUCGUCCUGGAGCGGAUGCGUUACGAGGGCGCUGUGGACAUCUUCCAGACUGUCAAAAUGCUGCGCACACAACGACCAGCGAUGGUGCAAACUGAGGACGAGUAUCAGUUCUGCUAUCAAGCCGCUCUGGAAUAUCUUGGCAGUUUUGAUCACUAUGCAACAUAAGAAGAACGCCAACCUGUCCAACUCCUUUCCCCUCAACAACCCCACAAACACCGCAGAGGAUCGACGACACGUGAAACACACACGGACAGCGACGCAGAGCACACGUUCUCUCAGGAACUCCAGGAGACGCUCUGCGUCAACAACGCAAACUAUUACCUCAGUGUUCAAAUAUUGAUAUUAAUGUUGUGGUCGGCUUUUUAGAAUUAUUAAACUGUGGAAUGAAGAUCUUCUUCAUGACAACAGGAGAAUAUUACAUGUACAAAAUCUAUUUAAAGCAAAUCAACGAGAAAAAAAAAGAAACUAUGAAAUCAAAAGCCUGGAUAAUUGCUGCACCCUUCAGUGGGAGUUUCUUCGAACUGUAUAUUUGCCAACAUCGGAUGUGAUUGAGCGCGAGCGGAGGGAACGCGAGCCGGUCUGCGCCUGCCUGAGUCAUCGAUGCCAUCCCGAACGAACGAGCGCCGCCGCGGAACGGAAGCAGAUCUUCUACCUUCUGUGCCUAACGGAGCGACCGCAGAACCGCAGCCAACGCCGUACAUUAGCACACAUGAUAUAACCGCUUUCCUGUCCUCGGACGGACUGGACUCUGUCAAUACUGUAUUCGGUGUGUCUCUACAUGACUAUAUGCUGCUUACACCGUGUUUGGAGGCAGAGGGAGUUUUGAAUCUCGUAUCUGUAUCAUGUUCUUUUGCUCCUUUCUGCUGUGGCAUAAUGUACUCCGCUGUGUCUUUAUGGUGGGACGACGAAGAGCCUCGGUUCACAGAUCAAUGCACGUAUCGCCAGAUUCAUUUCCCAGUAUUUCCAGCCGCGCGUCAAACGCUAGAAAGAUCUUCUGAGACGGUUGCGUUCCCCCUCGAUCAUCCGUCCGAGCCGAACCCGACCAAACUCUUCUCGUCAUGUUUAGUUUAGCGCAGACGUGAUGUUUAGGAGUAGUGCAGGAAACGAGCCGGUUCUGAGAUCUCCACCUGAGACGUGAAGUGAGCCUUAUCGUUGUUGUCAAAUAUUUAAUCGACCUGAUUUUUUUAUUUCGUUUUGUUUAUAUUAUGCUUGAAUUUUUAAGGAUCUAUUUAUUUAUAUGAUUUUUAUGGCAAUAUAAUUCGUGAGCUGUGGUGUAGUUGGCCAGCUAAUGUGACUGUACAUGGCUCAGAUGUACAGUGUUGUGCUUCGUAACCCUCUCAGAUAUUUUGAUAUUUCCUGUGCACUGAUUGUUCUAGAGGAAGCCGACGGCCCGCGGCCCUCCGGAGCCCAAACCGCAGCGAAACGCACGUGUUCUUAGACAUUACACACGUUCUCAUCAGCAUUAUCAGUCAAACGAAACGAGUUAAAGCACACGCAGACUUCAAGAGCCCAGAGAGACGAUAUCAGCCUCAGAUCAGCGCUCAGUACAGUGAUGUACCGCGGUAAACCUUACUAAAACCACCACGGUCUUACCAUGCUGUCACGACUGAAUGUGAUGGAGGGCUGAUGCAUUUGUGGCAUAUGACCAGUCAAAGAUAGGGCAAUUAUUAUACAAAUCUAUUAUAUUUAGGUAAAAUAUCUUUACUUAAUAUCCUAAUGAUUUGUGCAGCGAUCAUUUUGAUUCAUGAUGUAUCACACUUUUGUCCAAGAAAUUCUGAAAGUUUUUUCUGCCAUGGAGUAUAAAAACAACGAAGACAAUUGUGACUUAUCUCUUACAUCUCAAAAUGUUUGGCAAUUGAAACUUUCUGUCUCACAAUAAUGCUGAAAAUAUCCAUACUUUCUGUAGAUUUCAGACAAUGAGGCUUCUGUUAAUUGGCCAGUUAAUGAACUGAUUAACCGUGGUAUCUGCAUCACUGUACCGCCGUACGAGGAGACGCUGAUCUGCAGUUUUUCUCUCUUCAUGAAUGAAAGCACAUUGAGACGUGAUUCUGCUGCUCGUCUCAGAUAUUCUUACUAUGAAAUAUUCUUUGAAGAUGAAAGCACACAAGCGAACCAAAAGCAGCGAUCAGACGAAGUGUGCUGUGUGAGCGUGGGCCGCGUGCUGACCUACAGUAGUGUUUCACUUUCUCUGCUUAUUGAUUUCAGAUCAUGUAUGUAGAUAUGUCAACUUUGUAUUAAAACUGAACGACUGGAUAUACUGACGUGAA